CUCUCAAAACACUACCCCCCUUCCCCCAAAACCCUAAUCCUCUUUCCGCCAUGGACUACGAUCCCGGCCUUCCUCCUCGCGAUCAUGGCGACUCCAACGAUCCAAACCCUAGCUUCGAUCAUGGACCCGUCGCUGCCGAAAUAGAGGGUUCGAGCAAUGCCGAAGCAAAUCAUCAGCGUGGGAGAAACGGACGUGCACCCUCGGAUCUGUGCAGUGGAGGGGAGAUCGAAACCGAGGAGGAGGAAGAGGAGGAAGAGGGGUUUCGCAGCCCUGGAAAUAGUGGCUACUAUGGAGAGGGGGAAAUUAGCUCGGCAUUGGCUCGGAUCGAAGAGGUUGAUGAUGGUCGGAACUCGGCGGAGAUUUGGGCUCGUUGGAAACAUCAUAGUAAUGAGGAUGAUGCUUCAGCCUCAUGGAGAAAGCGGAAGAAGCACUUCUUCAUUUUGAGCCACUCAGGCAAACCAAUAUAUUCUAGGUACGGAGAUGAACACAAACUUGCAGGAUUUUCGGCAACCUUGCAAGCUAUUAUUUCCGUUGUAGAGAUCAGUGGGGAUCAUGUCAAGUUGAUCAGAGCAGGAAACCAUCAGGUAGUUUUUCUUGUGAAAGGUCCAAUAUACUUGGUUUGCAUAAGCUGUACCAAAGAGCCAUGUGAAGAAUUAAUGGGACAACUAGAGCUCAUCUAUGGUCAGAUGUUACUCAUCUUGACAAAGUCAAUUGAUAGGUGCUUUGAAAAGAAUCCAAAUUAUGAUAUGACUCCAUUGCUAGCAGGAACUGAUCUUGUUUUCUCCUCUCUUGUGCAUGCCUUCAGCUGGAAUCCAUCGAUAUUUCUUCAUGCAUAUACAUGCCUCCCACUUCCUUAUGCAACAAGGCAAGCAGCAAGUGCAAUUUUGCAAGAUGUUGCCGAUUCAGGAAUUCUUUUUGCAGUAUUGAUGUGUAAGCACAAGGUUAUCAGUCUUGUGGGAGCCCAAGACGCAUCUCUUCAUCCUGAUGACAUGCUCUUACUUGCCAAUUUUAUAUUGUCUUCUGAAUCUUUUAGGACAACUGAAACCUUCUCGCCGAUAUGCUUACCAAGAUAUAAUCCAAUGGCAUUUCUUUAUGCUUAUAUACAUUUCUUUGAUGUAGAUACAUACCUGACACUGCUUACUACCAGUUCAGAAGCCUUCUACCAUCUCAAAGACUGCAGGAUUCGCAUUGAAAACGUGCUUUCAAAAUCAAAAGUUCUCAUUGAAAUUCAGAGAUCCAUUUUAGAAGGUGGUUUGUUUGUUGAAGAUCUCCCUUUUGGUGUCUCUCUUCAAUCUGGAGGUGUGGACGCAAAGAUGUCUGAAUCUUUAUCCUCUUUCAUGGGCCUCGGCGUGCCAGGGGGGCUUUGGCAUUUCAUAUAUAAGAGUAUUUACCUUGACCAGUAUGUUUCAUCAGAGUUUUCCCCACCUGUAAGCAAUUCUAAUCAACAGAAAAGAUUGUUAAGAGCUUAUCAGAGGUUAUAUGCUUCCAUGCAUGAUAUAGGAAACAGUUCACACAAAACACAAUUCAGAAGAGAUAAUGAUUAUGUUCUACUAUGUUGGAUUACUCCAGACUUUGAGCUUUAUGCAGCGUUUGAUCCACUAGCUGACAAGGUUCUAGCAGUAGAUAUAUGCAACAAGGUAUGUCAAUGGGUGAGAGAUUUGGAAAAUGAGAUAUUCUUCCUGGGAGCAAGCCCUUUUUCCUGGUGAUCUUUCUUCCGGUGUAAGCACUCUCUACAGUAUGUAUUAGUUAUUUCUUUCUAUGAAGUUUUGCAUCUAUGCGAUCAGUGUGAGGAGC